AUGGCUACAGACUUCUGGGCCAGUUCUCACCACAAGCGAUGGAUAGUCGACCGAGCCACUCUGAGACAAGCCCGUUCAGAGGACCUCCAAUACGUGGAGAAUGCCGAACAGCUUGACUUUCUUUCUAUAUAUCUGUCCAACCUCAUUGUUCGCUUGGGACAGAAUCUACAUCUACGCCAACGCGUGAUCGCGACCGCAGAGGUCUUCUUCCGGCGCUUCUACAUCAAGAACUCGUAUUGCGAGACAGACCCGUUCAUGGUCAUAGCCGCUUGCUGUUAUGUAGCUGCGAAAGCCGAGGAACAGCCCAUACACAUCAAGAGCGUUGUGACCGGAGCCCGCGAAGUGUUCGGCAAGGAGGAAGGUGGUAAACACUUCCCGUCGGACAAUACAAAGCUGGCCGAGAUGGAAUUUUACCUUGUCGGGGACCUUGAAUGUGAUCUGACCGUAUUUCAUCCGUAUGCAACUCUCAUGACGCUAUGUGGCAAAGAGAAGGACGGUGCAGUUGCAAGUCUGGAGGCCGGUGAGGUCGGUUCGGGUGCAGAUGACGGUCCCCGUUACUGGGGCACCGGAGAAGGGAAACUCCUACUCGACGAAGGUGCACUUCAAACGGCAUGGUUCGUGAUUAACGAUACAUAUCGCUCAGAGCUAUGUCUUCUUUACCCUCCACACCUCAUCGCUGUCGCAGCGAUCUACGUGGCUCUUAUCCUCCAUCCGAAGACGAGACAAGCUAUUCAACAUCCUCCUGCUCCGACCGCGAGCUCGUCAACGCGUCGGUCGUCGCGACAGACGCGAGCAUCGCAGGACUACGUUCAAUGGCUCGCCGGCCUGAACGUCUCACAUACCUUGGUGGCGAACAUCACUCAAGAGAUCAUUUCUCUGUACGCCCUUUGGGGACGCUACCGAGAACCCGAUCCGGAGGAGGACUCCAGCGCUCGAGGUUCAUUCGCGCGAAGCAAGGCCGCCGGGAGGCACGAUGACCCCCACGCGGAUGGUAGCAGGUCAGGGCUCUUGGAUGACGAAGAGUCUUUCGCGACACCGGCUGGUCUAGCAAGACUGCUUCUGAAGAUGCGGGUGGCAAGGAUCGAGGACCUUGCUCAUCCUCCUAGCGGCAAACCAGUUGCCGUCAACAAGAUGCUCGAGAGAACGCAAGCCGCUGGGUGA